AUUAUCUCGUACACGCACAACCGGGACUGCCAUUGAUUAAACCUGUCAGAGAAUCAGCUGAUCGGUUAUUCACGUACGUGAGAUCAGCUGUGCGCAAUCAUGGACACGUUAAGCGAAGAAGAUUUUGUGAUACCUCCGGCUAAAUACGAAUAUUUGGACCACACGGCUGAUGUGCAACUGCACGCAUGGGGCAAUACCAUGGAAGAGGCUUUCGAGCAAUGUGCGGUGGCCAUGUUUGGGUACAUGACGGAUUUAGAGCGAGUUCAAAUGACACAGUUACAUUACGUAGAAGCGGAAGGACACGAUAUGGAAAGUCUUCUUUUUCAUUUCCUCGACGAAUUGUUAUUCAUGUUUAGCGCCGAACCGUUUAUCGUUGCGAAGAAAGUGAAGAUUACUAAUUUCGACCGCGAGAACUUCAAGAUCUCUGCGACGGCGUUAGGAGAAGAGUUCACGAUCGGCAAACAUACGCAAAACGCCGAGGUGAAAGCGAUUACGUACUCAGCGAUGCAGAUCCUCGAUCGUCCUGAAUCAGAACGUCCCGAACUUUUCGUGAUCGUAGACAUAUAGCCGUUUCGGGUUCAGUUUGGUGUCUUGUUUGAUUUCUUGGCGCCCCCGUGUAAUUUGGCUCGGGUUAAGGCUUGAGACAGAACAGUAUGUAGGAACGUAUGAAUACAGAAGCAAGAAGGGAGGGUAUAUACCCUCUCUUACGUCCUACGUAGGGUACGAUCCUUUUGUACUUGCGUAGGGUUCAAAUAAAUACGUUAUGAAGAAAACACCGGGCUCCCUUCUUGGCGAUCCAUAAGUACGUAGUAACGUACCAUGGAACCCUGCGUUUUGUGGAGGAUACCGCUCAAAAACUUUAUACCACCAAUGUAUAACCGUACACAAUUUAUUUAAGUAACGUAAACAUUUUGGUUGUUAAUUCUUUAUAUAUUGCAUCUAUAUCAACAAAUGUUUGAUUGUUGUCGAAAGCUGUUAAUAGUAACUUAUAAAUGCUAGACACGUAUCAUAAGUAUUAUAUAAGAAUGUUUGUAUAUUUUUAUAAACAUAUAAUAAAGAUGUUUUUUAUGUUU